AUGGUCUCAACAGAAGAGCUGAAAGUAGAAUGUUUUGUUAUGGGUUUGCGGCCCGAUGUCCGAGGGGCGGUGUCAGCUCACCUUCCACCUGACUAUGCAACAGCACUCCGACUUGCCGAGACGCUCGAUGAUAGGGAAUAUCCAAAAGAAGACACCCAAACCCACUUAAAUACGUCGGUUGACCAGAAGAGAAAGAGAGAGCAGACGUCACCUACCUCCUCAAAGGUACCUUGGCACCAUGGCAAGACAAAUUUAAACCAAGAGCGCAGGCAACCAAAGGCUUGCCCUCAGAACACGCCACGUGACAAACCACGUUGCCCGAACUGUGGGAGACGUCACUUAGGACAGUGCAAGUUUAAGAAUAGGGUAUGUUUCAACUGUCACCAAGAAGGUCACGUUGUCGCGCAUUGCACCCAAGGGAGAGCAACUAGUACCAAUAGACCCUCUGGUAACCAACCGACCUCAAACCUGAGGCCAGCUCUGCAACAGGGGCGAAUGUCUGCUACCACUCGUGAGAAGGCAGAAAACUCCAACACUGCAGUCACAAGUACGCUCUCUAUUCUUGGGUACUACGCACGGGUCUUGUUUGAUUCAAGGUCAACCCACUCUUUUAUCUCCACUAAUCUUGUAAAAUACACAAGAGUAGAAGUUGAACUGCUAGGGUACGGGUUGUCUGUGGGUACCCCAGUAGGGGUAAGUAUGGAAGCCUUCGAGAGGGUAAAGGAUUGUCAGUUGUGUGUGUCAAACCACACGAUGGAUGUGACGCUGAUAGUCCUUGAUAUGGCCAAUUUUGACGUCAUCUUAAGGAUGGAGUGGUUAGCUCAAAACCAUGCAUCCAUCGAUUGCUUCAACAAGGAGGUUGUGUUCAGACCUCCUGGUCAGCCAAGCUUCAAGUUCAAGGGCGGGAGGGAACGGUCUCAAGGAUAG